UUCGUCGUUGCGACGACGACGACUAUUGCGAACCAUACCAUCGACUCCUGCUACGUACAAGACACCACCUGGGAGGAGGGUGUCCUUUUCCGGUUUCGUAGCAUGUCUUCCAAGAAUCUUCUGACGACGGUGGGGGAAUUGAUCGACGCGAUCGUAGAACUCUACCUGAAAACCGUCAUCGCACCCUUUCUCCACUUUCACGAGAUUUUCUACAGUAGUCUCAAUCGAGCAUUGCGUCAGCUGCUGGACGAUCACAAACACCACAUUCCGGAUUGGUUCACGGCAAACUUGAUCACUUACGUGCGUACCGUUGUCGUGGUGCCCACUCUCGUCCUCCUCAGUUGGAACCACGCCGUGCUCCCCGCCCUUCUCGUGCUCGCCGUCGACUUUGGUGACUUUCUAGACGGCGUUGUGGCGCGCUACUGGGUAGACGUCAAAAAGGAACGAGCCGAAACAGCCGCCGCAUCCGACAAGGACAAAAAGAACGAUCCGGCUCUACGUACACCCUCUCCCACCAAUUCCGAUGACGAAAGCUUUGAAGUCGUCACGACGGGAUCGCCCCACGCGGUACCAUCCUGGGUACGCUUGCACCGCAACCGUACCUACGGAGGCUUUGUGGAUGCCGUCUGUGACAAGGCUUUUGUCGUUCCUUGCUGGAUUUCGCUCCUCCACGUGAUACCCCACACGUCCUACCUUCAACUCGUGCAAUACCUUACCUUGAUUGCUCUCGUACUGGCCGAAACCGCCAGUGGCUGCGUUCGCUUCAAAGCAUACUUUACCGCCACCGGCGUUCCCGCGCCCAAGGUGGAAGGCUUCGACUUUUCCACCAGCGCCGUCAAGGCCGAUCACAUCGGGAAGGCCAAACAAACCUUCGAAAUGGUCGGCACGGCCCUCUUUCUUCUACCUUUGACGCGCUACGUGGGACUCGUAUUGCUCCUCCUCGCGUUGCCCCUCGCCUACGAAUCCGUCCGUCGCAAGGUCAAGACCAGAGCCAUUUAUGUACAGUACGACUCGUCGGCACUGGACCACAAAACCAUCAAAUUCUGGAUGCAGGCCAAAGCCAUGGGGUCCAGUUUGACGGUUGGCGUACCAGGGGAAGCCAAACAAACGGACCAGGUUUUGAACGCUUGCGCCGUGGCCGCCGUCGAUCAAGUCUUGGUCGAAGCCCCGUCGACAGUAGAUUGGCACUUUUUGCGCGCCAACGCAAUCGACUUUUGUGUCGUUGGACCGGCACAGACCAAGUACGUUACCGACAAGGUCCUGGAAAGCCUAUGUGCCCUACAAAUUGGUGAAGACGGGGUGGCACGGCCAAUCAAGGUCAAAACCGAACACAAGGAUUAAUCGUAACAGUAUAGCACAACAAUUAAAAC